AUGAACCGCCCAGUGGAGCAAGCCCUGGGGAACUUGGUCCCAACCCACGCGAAUGAUCUGCCACAAGAGCUGCUGAGCUUGGCUUCAAGUCUUGUUGCUCAAUCCCGAAGCUUCUCGAGCAGUCUGAAGCCUGAGGAAGAAAUCGCCCGACCUUAUGCCUGCGCAGAGAUCGCCUGCAGGAGGCUUACUCGAGCGUUGAAACUUCCUCCGUUGCUCGGUCACCCACCGUGCCCUCCGCGCGUUUACAAGAAGCUCUAUUCAUAUCUAGAUCGGUCUCUUUCGUCUAGCUCCGUCGGUAUCAAGCGAACAGCAAGCGGGUCUGUCGCUGGCACACCAUCCCGCUCCCAUUCCAUUCAUGCGACGCCUAGUAAAGCCACAGUCGGUGGACGAACGCCUUCAAAGGUCGCUCCUACCCCCCGAGGCCUACAAAACACACCCUCCAAAUCCACACCCUUGAAGAGAAGCGUCAGUGUUGCCAAGCUCGGUACACCAUCCAAGUCUGUGCGGAAGCCCACAGGCCAUCCUAAUGGCAUAUCUGCCUCUACUGUUAUCCCUGAUGCGCCAGCAUGGGCGAUGACGGCCAUCCGCACCGUAUGCAAGACACUCUCGACCCCAGCGCCACGCACGACCACAUGGUCUCGACCUCCAAUCUCGAGAACACUUCCUCCUCAUAUUUUUGCAGGUGUAUCAUCUAUUCUUUACCUGACAUCCAGCAUGUCCAGUAACGAGGAGGGGAUCGAUGAAGAGACCCUAGAUUUCCUGGAGCCCAUUGUGUCAAUCACGAACGCAAACAAUGAUGAAGAUUUCAAGGAACUUGUAUACGCCAUGGUCGUUGCCGUAUACUUCCUCGUUUUGGCUCGUCGACGAAACCCGGCUGCAUCAGAAGAUGGCGAAGUAGCGAACGAAGGCCAGAAAAUGGACAAGAAAACGUUUACCGAGAUGCGCCAGACAGCACUGACCAGUCUUGGCCUUCCUAAUGACAGGCGUCAUCGCGAUGAUGUCGACCAUUGGAUCGGAUUAAUCAUGGAGCAAGGCUGGGCUAAUCAACAGGAGUGGUUUGAGAACAUUCCACUCGCGGGAGAAUUGGACGGUGAGGAUGAGGAAGGAAAUUCAUUUCGCAAUCUCGACGAGGAGGAUGCGGCCUUCCGAGGUGUGAACCUACCUAAGCGCAACGGUGAAACUAGCGGGGCCAAGGAAGGCUCUCGGUCCAACGAUGCUACUCGCGGUGGCCUCCUGCCCGGACUAGGUACUAUGAUGCAGGAUCGGGUUGACUGGCUGAGUGAGGACCGCCGCGAAGAUUUCAUGGAUUGGAAAGCUGAGAUGCUUGGCCGCAUUGAGGGCGGACUGGGUAGGGCGGAGCUUGCGGCUAUCUGA